AUGUCUGGCUGGGGAUCGUGGCUUACCGGCUCGUCGCAACCGCAGGCAGACGCAAACGCACCUGCUACCGGCACGGCUGGCAGUGGCAACAAUUUUCAUGCUGUGACGGAUGCCUUCCCGCAGAACGCACUGAACGGUGCACUGUCCAAGUCGGACCUGAACUGGACGUGCCCUACGGGUCUUACCACCGAGACGCAGACGUGGUACUCUGUGCUGUCGGAUGGUGCUUUUAUCACGAGCCAGAUUAUCUACUCGCCGGUCGGUUUGUGGAAGCCCCAGGUGCAGAUGACGUUCAAGUACUUCAACCCCAAGACCGGCAAGAAGGUCUGGAAGUCGAAGAACGUCGACGAAUUCAUGCCCCUCGACGCCGACAAGCGCUCCUCGAAGUCGAACGCCUUCACCGUCUCGCUGCGUGAUCUGGACGACGGCAGCCAGGAGUACACGAUCCAGGCGAACCUCGAUACGGACGUGCAGCUGACGUACACGAUGAAACGCCCUGCGUCGGCCGCCGGCUGGAAGCUCGGUGAGGGCGAGCGUGGCGGCUUCUCGUACUUUGGCGAGAACGCCACGUCGCCUGUCGGCUACGUGAUCCACCGCUUCUGGCCUUUUGCCAAGACCUCGGGCCUGAUUGUGCUCGAUGGUCAGGCGAUCGAGGCGGAUGGCCAGGGCAUGUUUGUGCAGGCCAUCCAGGGCAUGCGCCCGAACUUGGUUGCGUCGCGAUGGAACUUUUGCACGUUCCAGAGCACGGAACACGACGGGACCAGCGCGAUGCUCAUGGAGUUCACCACCACGAGCGACUACGGCAUUGCGACGGCCGGCGGCGAGGGCGCUGCUGCGAAGCGCGUGCCGCAGGUCGUGACGUGCGGCUCGGUGGUCUACCAGGGCAAGCUCGCUGCGGUCGUCGCUGCGACGCGCGAUGCGACUGCGCCCGAAGACGCACCGUCGCGCCAGAGCCAGACGCGCAUCACGCACCUGGACAAGGCCAAGGACGAGCUGACGGGCUACCAGGCCCCGCAGGCCAUCCGCUACGUCUGGGACGGCCCGGCGAUCGCCGACCAGAAGCCCGUCCAGGGCGAGCUCAAGGUGACGCUCGGUGCGCCGGAUGCGACCAACGGUCUGGUGGACAAAGUGGACGUCCUCGCCGAGAUCCCCUACUUUGUGAAGAAGCUGGUAAACUACGUGGCGGGCACCAAGCCCUACAUUUACCAGACGCUCAACCCGGCGGAGCUCUCGCUUACGCUUCCCGCGUCGGUCGCAGGCGAGGAGAAGAAGAUCACUGCCAAGGGAACGGUCUUUGAGGAGCACACAUUCAUUAGCGAAUAG